CGGCGGCGGCGGCAGCAGCGCAGCGGCCAGUGGACGAGGACGUGCUCGGCGUCAGGGACUACUUUUCCCGUCAACGCGGCGACUUCUCCGAGGAUAUGGCUGCUCCGGAGUGCGCUGUCUGCUCUAAGUCUGAUGAGUGACAGUGCCGACAAGCCGCCUCUCCAUCACCAUGGUCGACAUAGAGAGCCACUACCAGCCUCCGUCUCCGCUGGAGGACUCGGUGCUGGACAGCCCGCUGUGUGCGUCUGAUGACUUCAUGGGGGGGAUCGAGGAGCUCCACCACCUCUCCCAGUCCAUUGAUGAAGACGCCCUGAGCUCAUUUGAAAUCCCCAAAUAUCAGUCCUCCAGCAACGGUUCAGAAGGUUCCACUCUCCUAGAUGCCCUGACGCCGGCGUCGAGCCCGUCGUCAGUUGUUUACGGGGCGGCACCAAGCCAGGACGACUUCUCAUCUUCCUCUUCCUCACUCAAUCUUGAGUGCCGAGUGUGUGCUGACCGCGCUUCGGGCUACCACUAUGGAGUUCACGCCUGCGAGGGCUGCAAGGGUUUCUUUCGACGGACAAUCCGUCUGAAGCUGGACUACGACAAAUGUGACCGCCGCUGCAAAAUCCAAAAAAAGAACCGCAACAAGUGCCAAUACUGUCGCUUCCAGAAGUGCCUGGCGGUGGGCAUGUCUCACAACGCCAUCCGGUUUGGUAGGAUGCCCCAGUCAGAGAAGCUAAAACUAAAGGCAGAGAUGGUGACAGGGGAGAGGGAAGUGGAAGACCCCCAUCUGGCCGACCAGAAGACCCUGGCCAAGCAGAUAUACGAGGCCUACCUUAAGAACUUCAACAUGAACAAAGCCAAGGCUCGAACCGUUCUCACGGGCAAGACCAGCACCCCUCCUUUUGUCAUCCAUGACAUGGAGACACUCCAGCUGGCAGAGCAGACGCUGGUUGCCAAGAUGGUGGGCUCUGCAGCAGCACUGAAGGACAGAGAGGCGGAAGUUCGGAUUUUCCAUUGCUGCCAGUGCACGUCUGUGGAAACCGUCACAGAGCUCACAGAGUUUGCAAAGUCCGUCCCAGGCUUCUCCAGUCUGGACCUUAACGAUCAGGUGACUCUUCUGAAGUACGGAGUGCACGAGGCCCUCUUUGCCAUGCUCGCCUCCAGUAUGAACAAAGACGGGCUUCUUGUGGCGUACGGCUCAGGCUUUAUCACCCGGGAAUUCCUCAAGAGCCUGCGGCGGCCGUUCAGUGACAUGAUGGAGCCAAAGUUCCAGUUUGCAAUGAAGUUUAAUGCGCUGGAGCUGGACGACAGCGACCUGGCUCUGUUUGUAGCUGCUAUCAUCUGCUGUGGAGACCGACCAGGCCUGGUGGAUGUGGCACAUAUCGAGGCGAUGCAGGAGAGCAUCGUGCAGGUCCUGCAGCUCCACCUGCUGGCCAAUCACCCCGACGACGCUUUUCUCUUCCCCAAACUGCUGCAGAAACUGGCUGACCUCCGGCAGCUGGUCACUGAGCACGCACAGCUGGUACAGGAGAUCAAAAAGACAGAGGACACCUCACUGCACCCACUCCUACAGGAAAUCUACAGAGACAUGUACUGAGGAUUGUGGUCAAAUCACCUGGACAGGAAUGAAAUAAAAAACCAUCUCCUUUUUAUACCACGCACUUGAGAAGAAAAAGGACUCCUCAUAAGCUAGGGUCAAACCACUUAACCCGCCCCGUCUCCAGUGUAGCAAGAGUGAGAUCUGGCUUCUGGUCCGCUAAAGAAGACUUGUUACGGCUGGUGGUUCUCUUCGUUUUGCCACGCCACUGCGCUGUGUGGGCCUUCCAGAUGACGUUUGCUCUGAUGUGAUGUCCAGCUGAUUGAGCUGCUUUGUAGACACGUGUAUGCAAUCUCUGACCAAACGCUAAAAAGCUCAUUUUAGGGGACUUCUGUGGUUAUUUUGAUCCUCAACGUGCCCUAAAAUGAGGAAAGAAAAUAUUGGACUUGAUAACUGCCACUCCAGCAGUGUGUUUGAAUAUAGAUUUUUUUUUUUUUUUUUUUUUUUAUCAACGUGGACGAUAAAAGAGCCAUAUACUGUUAACCCAAAUGACUUCAGCGGCAGCAACAACAGAAGUAAUGCAGUUUUUAAAUGAUGCAGGUACCAGUCCUCCAGCAUUUUCAUCAUUAUACACAUCUGUGGUAUCCCCAUGCUCCUUUAACUUUUUACCAAUACCACAUGUCCUCUAAGCCAUACUUUGUAAUGAUACUAGAAAUAAUCCUUGUCUUUCCUAUUUUUUAUUAUUCUCUCAAAGACAACUGCAACAAAACUACUCAAACUAUUCAAGCAAUAAUGAUGAUUUGUAAAAACUGAAAAAAGGCAUGGUGUAAUUCCACCAUAUUACAAAUCAGAAGCAUGAAAAAUAUACGUGUCAUAUGUUUCUACUGUAUGUUUCUGAAAUGCCUUUUUUUUUUAAAACACAUUCACAGAAUUACGACACUCCAUACUGAGUUGUGUCCUCGUGUUUUAAGGGCUAACUAAAAGAUAAAUCACAUCACCUCCUUAACGCAAGCGCAUGUAAAGCUUGAAGUUAAUUUGCAAUGUUCAUUUCUUUCUUCUUUCGUCACGUGUCCUCCCCCUAUAUCUGUCUUCACUGGUUGUAUUUGUACCUCAUAACAUAUCUAACUGAUUGAGAUUCAAAGGUUUCAUCUGCUUAUUGUUUUUUUUAGAGCACAAGAAAUGAAAUAUUCCUUUUUUCGCCCACCCAAAGAGAGUCUCAACGUUACGGCCUCGAGAUUAGAGAAAUACUUUAACAUUUCUUAAUGUUCUCCAGAAACAUGUUAUUUUCGGUAAGAAGGCUUAUUUCCCUCGUAGAAACAAUUGAUCUGGAUUCAAUGAGAUGAAGCUGUUAACAUUUUUCAGUUUUCUAAACUGGUCUGUCUGACGAUGAAUUAAGAUCAAAUGUGUUUCUAUAAGUCACCCUUAAAGAUAUUUUUACGCACAUAAACACGCCACUCAUGCAUUUUGCUUCCACACUGUCAUUCAUAUGAGAAUAACACAGGACGCAUACAGUACAGUUAAUGUCGAUAAAGGCCUGUUGAAAAUGUUCAUCUCCGUAACGUUUUAUCCAGCCUAAAUGCCCUAAAAUCAUCAUGGAGAUCUUGAUUCAGUCUUGAGAAAUGGACCUUGUUACUUGCAUCUACUCUAAGGCUGCAGGAUGUAUGGCCUCAGCGUUGAGUACGCGCGCUGUGCUCACAUGACAGGACGUGCAAUGUCGAGCCAACUUACCUCAAACACGUCACCCUUUUCAAUAUGGAGGGAAAACUCCACUGUCAGUGUCUGAUCUGCAAGAGAAGUCACAUAAAGCAUUUAUUUACUUACAUCAAGGAUUCUUAGACAGUUUGCGUUUGGAAAAGAUAAAAGUAUUUACAAAAAAAUUGAGUUUGAUGCUGAUGAGUGACGUGCAUUAAAAUUAGUGAGAAAUAGGGUUAGCGUGACAUAAAACACUAUUCUCCUGUAGAUGGGAGGAAUUCUUUCAGCCCCUCGCUUAGAGUUUCAAAAGAGAUUUGUUUCCAAAAAUUGAUGUCUUGUAAGUGAUUAGCAUGACUUCAAGUAAUAUAUUUUUUUUAAUAAUCCAAUUUAUCCCAUAUGCAGGUGCAAUGACUUCUAAGAUCAAAUAAAUCCUUCUGCAUUAUUCCCAAAUAAAGUAAUUUCUGUCUCAUAAAAAUUAAUGUAUUUUAAUGUCAGAAUAGGCCUAUUGCUAUAUCAUGCAAACCCUUAUUCCAUCGUGAAUAUUUUGUAUAUAACUAAAAUGAUCACACCGACUGCUUGCCCCAACUUCUAACUCUAGAGCUGCACUAGGCACUAAUGGUGAUCAAUGUUUAGUGAGUACCUUUAAAUUGAAAGGUAAACAGUCAUAUACUGCAUGUUCUUUUGCUUGAAUACCACGUCCUUGUGUUUUAAUUGAAUUAGAUCAUGUUUUUAUACUACAGCAUGUAUGUAUGGCUAAAUCGGAUAAAUGUUUAUUGAAAUGACGCGAUAUAAGAGCGUUGUGUAAAUAGACUCAAAGUGUAAGUGGGCAGCGGCGCAGCUAAAUAUCCACAGAUCUCAACCCCACUGGGGACAUUCCUUUGGUUAACUGCAUUCUUCAGAGAGAGAACCGUCCAAGCGUUUAACAUGCGUUCAGUUCCUUCAACUGUACAUCACUUACCUGUUUGAUUGAGGUCUUUGAUUGAAACUGAAAGCAUGCACGAGCUGCCCUAGCUCAAACCUUUAGCUGAUUCAUUGAAACUUGACUGCAUGAUCUUUGAAUAUAGUUCAAGUUAUCCCACGACUCUGCACUGAUCAUACAAGACGGAUCUCUUUUGAUACAGUUUCUUUUUUUUUGUUUUUUUUCUCUCAGGUUGAACAUUAGAACACAAAUAUGUACAAUAUACAUCUGUCAUAUAAAAAAUGCUCCCUAGUUGCCUCUUCAAUAGAUAAACCUGUAUUUUUUGGUGACACAUCACUUCUCUGUUGGUCGUAAGAGAAACUAAAUGCACUAAAAUGCAUUAUUUGCCAUCACAUUUUGUGCUAUUACAGUAUAGAUGAUGCAGUAAUGUAAAUGUAGAAUAUAUAUUGUUUUACAAUCUUGGUUUCUCACCAACUCUUCUGUCCUCACUUGCUGCUAUAUUGUAUUUACUCACCAAACAUCUCUCCUGCCAUAAGUAGAUUACUGACCUUCAAGCUGCCUCUACUUCUCGUAUCUCGUAACUGAAUGUCAGACCUGUGCAAAAAUAAUUCAGUGAACGCAGCUCAGUACUUCACGUCUCAGAUCCCAGAUGUGCUUGACGAUUAACCUCAAAGAUUUGUGCCUUAGUGUGUGUACAUGACUCGCACACACACACUCACACACACACAUACUUGCAUUCUGAAGGCAUCUUCAGACAUAUUUGGCUGUUUGCGAAGCGGGGCGGUCCCUUCAGCAGAUUUAAGAAGUGAUCCUGUUCAUGAAUAGCGGCCGUUUGUUUGUUCCAGUAACAAUGAAGGGAUAUGUUUUCCAAAUGUGAGCUGUUUCAAAGCUUCACAGACGGUGGUUUGAAACAUUAGAAUUAGGCCCAAGAGCAGAAGCUGUGUAAUCUGUGAUGCCGGUUUCCUGUUAGGAAUGUUUUUGUGUGAAAUGACAAGGGACUUUUUAACGUGUUUCAGGGAAUGAUAGUCUUCCUUUGCUGAACUAGCUCAAGACAUAGAAAGGUGCUGAUUUUCCUUCUCUGUCUUUGUUCUCGAAAACGAGUUUCUGUAGUGCUCUGCCUUAUAGGACAUGAACACCAAUAACAAUAUUGAUUAAUAUUUAGUUGGGUUUUUCUUUUCAGAAGUGACAGAUAAUGACAGCGGAAGGGCAGCAGUCAUAGGAAUUAGAUAUUUGAUUUCUUUUUUUUUUUUUUCCUCUUCUGACCUUCAAAGUUUGUUUUUCUGACUCUAGUGUGAUAAUACACAGAGACAGACUGUCUUUGGAUGUGUUGUCGGUGUGUAAUGUGGCUUGAUAACAAUACUGUAAAUGUUUGAUAAUGUAUAUUUAGUCAUUUCAACAAUAAAAUAAAAUGACAUUGAAUGGAUUUAAAAAUAAAAUGAUUUUACAAAC